AUGUUGUCUCGAGCUCUCCGUCUCCCCAGGGCUGUGCCUAUGCGCACCAAGUUCGCCGCUCCCGCUUUCACUGCCAUUCGCUCUGUCACCACUGAUGCCGCUUCGGCGUCCCUGAGCCACUCAGUCCCCAAGUCCGAUGACGAGCCUUUCUCUGUUAACCUCAGCGAUGAGAGCUUCGAGACCUACGAGCUGGACCCCCCUCCUUACACCCUGGAGGUGACCAAGAAGGAGUUGAAGGACAUGUACCGCGAGAUGGUCAUCACCCGACAGAUGGAGAUGGCGGCCGAUCGUCUGUACAAGGAGAAGAAGAUUCGUGGUUUCUGCCACUUGUCUACCGGACAGGAGGCUGUUGCCGUUGGUAUUGAGCAUGCCAUCACCAAGGAGGACGAUAUUAUCACCGCUUACCGAUGCCACGGCUAUGCCUUGAUGCGUGGUGCUACCGUUCGAUCCAUCAUUGGUGAGCUGCUUGGCCGACGUGAGGGUAUCUCCUAUGGCAAGGGUGGUUCCAUGCACAUGUUCGCUAAGAGCUUCUACGGCGGUAACGGUAUCGUCGGUGCUCAGGUUCCCGUUGGUGCCGGCCUUGCCUUUGCUCACAAGUACAAUGGCAACAAGAACGCUUCUAUUAUCCUCUAUGGUGAUGGUGCUAGCAACCAGGGUCAGGUCUUUGAGGCUUUCAACAUGGCCAAGCUCUGGAACCUUCCUGCCCUCUUUGGCUGCGAGAACAACAAAUACGGUAUGGGUACCGCUGCUGCUCGUUCUUCCGCUUUGACCGACUACUACAAGCGUGGACAGUACAUCCCCGGUCUGAAGGUCAACGGUAUGGAUGUUCUUGCCGUCAAGGCCGCCGUUAAGUACGGCAAGGAGUGGACUGCUGCCGACAAGGGGCCUCUCGUCCUCGAGUACGUCACCUACCGCUAUGGAGGUCACUCCAUGUCUGAUCCCGGUACCACCUACCGAACCCGUGAGGAGAUUCAGCGCAUGCGAUCCACCAACGAUCCCAUUGCUGGACUCAAGCAGAAGAUUCUGGACUGGGAGAUCACAAGUGAGGAGGAGCUCAAGAAGAUUGACAAGGAGGCUCGUGCCCACGUUAACGAGGAGGUUGCUGCUGCUGAGGCCAUGGCCGCUCCUGAGCCCAAGCCUGAGAUUCUGUUUGAGGAUAUCUACGUUCGUGGAUCCGAGCCCGAGUACAUCCGUGGCCGUAUUCCCGAGGAGAACCACUACUUCCAGUAG